AUAUACGGUAUCUGUGCAGAUUCUAUGUGUGUGUACGAUAAAGAAAAGAUACGCCUUGCUUUUCUGUAGACUUCUACUUCAUAUAUUGGCUUACAGGUAACUCCACAAUCAAGUUUUUUGGCCAGAUAUGUUGCUCAGUUGGAAAUUUGUGUGUGUAUGAAAAUAUAUCAUAUAUAAAAAUGUGCGAAGGAUAAGGAAAAAGUUUUGUUUUCUUUCCUGGUUUUGGAAUGGGGAUUUAUAGUUUAGAAAGUAUGAUGUUUGACAGAAUGACUUAUUCUAAACGAAGGAACUCAUGCCCACCACAAGCAUUUGGGUAUGCUAACGGUCAGGACUGGCAAAGUCUACUGGCUCAACAUGGACGGUACUGGCAGAAUUCAGUGUGGAAUAAUAACUGGUCUAGAAACAGAGGCAGUGGUGAACUUGCCGGUGCUGAUUUACCAAUAUUGUUCCAUCCGGUACAUGGUGACAACAUAGAGCUCAUACACGAUCGGAGAAGGGCCAAACGAGGCGACAGUUUCUGUAAGGGAAUCUGCUUUAGCAGCCGUCCAAUCAAAUUGGGCGAGCGAGUUUAUCUUAAAUUUAUUGACACAUCUGGGAGUUGGAGCGGGGUUUUAAGGUUUGGUUUUACAAGCACCGACCCUGGCACCCAGCGAGGCGAGGAUCUGCCAAGAUAUGCUUGUCCUGAUAUGACAAAUAAGCCCGGAAAUUGGGCAAAAGCUUUAGGUGAAAGAUACGCUGUCGCAGGUAAUGAGUUGUUUUUCUAUGUAACAAGAUCUGGUGAUGUUUUUUAUGGUGUGAAUGGUGAAGAAAAAGGACUAUUUUUUAGUGGAGUAAACACUAGUGGUCCAAUAUGGGCUUUAAUGGAUAUUUAUGGGAACACAUCAUGUGUUGAGUUUUCAAAUCCUUUGCCUCAGCCACUGAAUAAUAUGAUAUCAAAUCAACAGUCCAUGGGUUCAACAGUGACAAUGCAUCAAAAUAAUAUGGCUACACACAUGUCAUCUUUAACAAUAUCAUCAGACAACAGAAACAAUUCACGGAACAGCCGGGAUGUGUCAGCAAAUGUUCCCGUGAGUCGGUUUCAUGGAAAUGUUCAAUUUACUUCUCUUCCUUUUCAUAAUCUUUGUGGUCGAAAUAUACGCAUAUCCUCAGACCAAACUGUGGCAACAAGAACGAAAGAGGAAUAUUGUAAUGCCUAUGUGUUUACGUCUCGGCCUUUACGAUGUGGCGAACAAAUUGUGAUACAAGUACAAGGAGUUGACCGCUCAUUUAUCGGUGGUUUAGCUUUUGGAUUUACAUCAUGUGAUCCAACAACGCUUAAAAUAGAAGAUCUUCCAGACGAUGCAGAUUUGCUUCUAGAUCGACUAGAGUAUUGGGUCGUUAAUAAGGAUGUAUGUCGCAGUCCUGAGUUAGAAGAUGAGCUAAGCUUUCAUUUAACUAAUGAUGGUGAAGUACAAUAUUCAAGAAAUAACUAUAAAACUUCAACAUUGAUGCAUGUGGACAGAACACUUCCUUUGUGGGCCUUCUUCGACGUGUAUGGAAAUGUUCAGAAAGUUAAAAUGCUUGGUGCUUGUAUUCCCAAACCUCCUCGGCCGCCACAACCUUUCCCAAGGUCAAGAUCAACUUCGUCAGCUCUAACUGUUAGCCUGCCUCCACCCCAAACACAGCGACAGUCUAUGAUCCCAAUGACCUUACACCUUGGAGGUCAAGGGCACUCUCCUUCAAUGUCCCGAAGCAUCAGCCAGCCUGCACCCUUAAUUCCUCCGUCACCCGGCACUCCAAAAUCUUAUCCUCAACAGCUUUCUACCCCUGCCACCCCCAGCUCAAUUAACGACCCAAUUUUGGACAAUGAGAACAAUGAAUCAGAAUGUAACGUGUGUUACGAGAGACCAGUUAACGCAGUUUUAUACACAUGUGGUCAUAUGUGUAUGUGUUUUGAGUGCGCGCAAGCUGUGCGGCAGGAACGUAUGGCACUGUGCCCAAUCUGUCGACAGGAGAUUAAAGAUGUGAUAAAAAUAUACAAGUCAUAGUGCUUACUUUAUCAGAGCUCAGAAAGACUUUCCUGACCAGAGAGAAAUGGUGUUGACAUUUGAAAAUAGGUCUACUGGUUCAAACUAAGAAGUGCUAUAUGAACAUACCGCGGUUCAUAGUGAGCUACGUGAGUUAAUAAGUUCAUAUGAAUGAACCUUAGUCAAGACAAAACUUGUUCACACCUAUACACUGUCUGUCUCAAUUCAAGACCAAAACGCACGCACACAAGGAAAAUGUAGAUAGACUUUUGUGCACUUUAAAAAAAAAAACAUUCUUAUUUUCUUGAUUGUUAUUUUUACCAUGUGCAUUAAGUAGACAUUCUGUGCUUGAUUUACAUGAUAUUGAUAUUUUUAUUCCUUAUUUCUUCAUAAUUCAGCUAUUUACACAUGUUAGAUUUAUAUUUUGGAAGAACAUUUUAAACAUCCAAUGUUGAAUGUCUCACAUCCUAUAAUCAUAAUUUAUAUCAUUGCUUUUAAAAUCUUUACUUGAGUUUCAGGUCCUUUGGUAUCAGUGCUUGCAAUAUCUUUACAUUAUUUUCCAGGUCUUUUGUGACCAUUUAUUUGAGUAGAAUGAAUACUAUAGAGUAUGAGCUAGAAAUGAAAAAGGUUACCCCCUCUGGGUAUUUUAUGGGACCCAUGUAGUUUUAAAGAUAAACAUAUAGGAAGACAUUUGCAACUUGUUGUCUGACUGAAACAUUACCAUUAAGACACAAGCCAAUGUGAAUUAUCUGCCCCUGUCACAAUUUCUUAAUAAACAGCCUAAUUGAAAUAACCAUUCAUUUUUAACCAAUGGUGGUUAUCAUGGAACCUUCAAUGUGACACGUUAGUGCCAUUCCAUAAAAAGCGGCAUAUGGUCCCAGGUAAAAAAAUGCGUGUGCCCUAAACAAGAAAACAAUGGGUGGAAGGGUCGACUAAAGUUAACUACCAACUUUUCAAAAAUAUUGUUAUGAAUUGUUUAUCUGUUCAAUAAUUGGCAGCCAUUUUAAAAUGGCGGACACCAUUAAUUAUGUUAUUUUAUGUUAAAACUUAAACUUUUGUAUAAAUCAUAAAACAUAUAUUUCCAACUCAAAACAAUGUUUAGAUCACAAACUUACUUCAUCAUAGAGAAGAUAUCUGAAGAAAUCUUAUAAAACUUAUAUAGAAAAAAUAUGAUUCAAGGGGAGAUAAUCAACUUGUUAUUGGAUUCAUGGUAAACGUUUCAGCUAAACAACAAGUGCCAAUCGAUAGCACAUACGCUAAGCUUCAAUACUAUAUAGGUGUACAAAAAUACCCAGGGGGGGUAAGGGGGGGGGGGGGGUAUGCUAGCCCAGCGUCUACUACUUAGACUGUAAUCCAUUAUCUAAUAAGGAAAUAUUCAUGCCAAGAAUCUUGAUUUAAAAUUAUAAGAAUCUUAUAUCGACUGCCGGCACAGACCAGAUUAGCUAGCUCAAAGGUAAUUACAGUGGUAACGAGGCUCUGCUGAAAUAGUAAGAUACACAAAAAGAUGUUGAAAGUAAAUCCUCAUAUUUCUUAUUUUCGUUCACAAUUAGAUUUGAAGUCAGAAAUUGUGGUUCAGGUUAAACACUUGGUACCAAAUUAAUGUGUUUAAUGUGAUAGUGAUAAGAGCUCUUUUUUUUUAAAAAAAUGGAAAAUUUAAAGUGGUGACCUUAAUAUUUUUUGUUAUAGCUUAUACAUGUUAUUUUAGAAAGUAUGUCAGCAUGUCAGUCAGAAUUGCAAGACUGUCAUUAUGCAAUAGUUAUAAGUUCAGAGAUCCAUAUGAGCCGCGUCAUGACAAAACCAACAUAAUGGGUUUGCGACCAGCAUGGAUCCAAACCAGCCUGCUAUCAGUUUCUCUACUUUUAAUAGGGUUGGUAAGCGAACAGCAUGGAUCCUGAUCAGACUGCGCGGAUGCGCAGGCUGGUCUGGAUCCAUCCUGGUCGCAAACCCAUUAUGUUGGUUUUGUCGUGACGUGGCUCAUAUGAUUUAAUAAGGUGAUUUGUUAUCAAAUAAUCCACAGUUUUGCCCAUCUUUUAUUUCUGUUUUUCUGAAUCAUUUAUAUCUAUGAUUAACUGAUAUUAUACAUAUAUUUGUCUGAAACAUACAUUUACAUCUUAACAUUCAUAUAUUUAAACAACAUGUUUUGGUCAUUCAGAGCCAUGGGUUUUUUAUCGUUCGAUUCACAAAACAAUGUUUAGCCAAACCCUUUACAUGCUGAAAACAAAAAUGAUAAAGCCUUUGCCACCAGUAUUGCAUUUGGUUAAUAGAAUCCUGUUAUCACUUGUUGCCAGUUGAUACAAGUCAAUGAGUACUGUUUAUUGCUAGGACAAAUGCCUGUUACUCCAGCUGUUACUUCAGGUCAUUGUAGUGAUGAUUUAUUGCAAGCUUAUAUUAAAUCAACUUGUAGUGGUUUUUCUCACUUCAAACAUUAAAAUAUCUUAAGUUUUAAAUAGACUAUUACAAAGUCAAGCAGGUAAAGGUUUGGGAUAAAUUUGUUGAACUUUCAGUGUUUCAAUCACCACCUUGCACCUCAAGAAUUUUUCAGAAAUCUUAAUUUUUCGUUUGAGCCAUGGCUCUACUUUCCUAUUUAUUCACGCUUCCAAAAGUGCACCUAGGGGGCUAUGCAGCUUUUUCUCCACACUUAAAGUUUGAUAAGUUGUCAAUCACUAGGCAUGGAUUUUUUAUUUUGUAAAUUUAGCAAUUCAUAGGUGUAUGUAUACAAACAUGGCAUAGCUGUAUUUUUUCAUGAAUAAAUAUAUUUUAAUUAUUGAACAGUUGUUUAUGUAUAUUUUUGUUAUUUCUGGGUUUUUUAACGAAAGCAGGAGCUUGUGAUCAUACUUUUCUCUCAUUAUUUUUCUUUUUGGUAAUUUGUCUUCAGGUCUUUUGUACAUUACUAACCAUCAUGAGUUCACAUUAGUUUGUUUACCUUUAGACAAUUAGAGCAGUUUUUUUUUUAACAGUUAUCAGAUGACAAAUUUUCAUUUGUUUUGCAAUGGUUUUAUAUACCAUAUGUUGAAACAUUAUGAUAUUUCAAUAAUUCACAUUGAACUUUUUUAUCAUAGAUUUUUAGUAAGACAACGUUUUACACUAAACAAUACUAAAUAUACUUUCAAUGUCUGUGAUUCGUUUGAUUCAAAUAUAUAGAAAAGAGGGAUAUAUAGACAUUAUUCUAUAAGUAACUAUACAUUCAGGUGUUCAUUGAAAGCAGUUCAGUGACCUACUUUCGACUCAAAAUUCAUAUCAUUGGCUUAUUCUCUCGGAAAAUUUCAUGGAUGUAAAUUAUAAGCAGUUUUUGCAAUAACAAAAAUCCUUUAAGGGCUAAUUAGUGACAUGUCUGGGUCGGUACUUGCUAGCUGGCAGACAUAAUCUCAUAAAACAUUGACAAAAUGAUACAUGAGAAAUAAAUAUGUUGUUUCAUUGACGGGCAUUUCUUUUUCAACAUAUGAAUAGUGCAAAAUUUAAUGUUUGUAUUUUUAAACACAAUAUGUUUUGGAUACAAAGUGUACUUUAAUUUAUCAUAUUGAAAGUGAAUUGUCAACCUUAUACCAUUAUGCCUUUAAACUUGUUAUGUUGUACCAGUCUAAAUUCCAAGCUUGUGAUUGGCUGAUUCAACUUUACAAAUUUGAAAUUGACCAAUACCAGUAUAUGUAUCUAUAGACUGGUAUACUGUCUAUGUUUUACAACCUUGAUCUUGAUAAUUAAAAUGGAGGAAGUAUCUUAAUUUUUUGCAUUUAAAUGUUAUUUAAGAAAUUGAACAACCAGGAUAUAUAUGUCAAAAACAGGAUUUUUGAAUGCUGAUGUAAACAUAAAAAAAUCAAUUUCAUCAUAUCAUUUUGCUUUGAUAUUUAAACAUUGUAAAGGUAUCAUUUUAAAGGUGUCAUUUUCAUUUAUUUUUUUACUUUUAAAUAAUGAUAGCUUUUGUGUCUGAAAACUUUACUAGUAAUAUAAUACUCAACAAAUUCUUUGCAUGCAGAAUUUUUUAGAUAUUUUGGACUGUGAAGAUUAAUUAAAUUUUUUACUGUCAUCUGAAAUUGAAUGAUUUUGAAAUGGUCAUUUUUACUUCAAAUUCAAAAUUUUCAUCAAAUAAAUUAAUUCAGUGAAGUUUGCCUUUCAAUGGCUUGAUUUUGAACGAAGGAAAUAUAUUUGUUAAAGUCCAUAUUCCUACGCAGAUGUACAUUUUAAUGGCAAGGAAUGUUGCUAAUACUUUAUUAUUUAAAAUGUAUUUUUAGCUUGUCUGUUUUUGAAGGAAAAAUCAAGCUAUAUUGAUAGCUGUGUUGUUACCAUGCAAAAACUUUAAUGUAGCCAAUUAUUCAAGCAUUUUGAAAUGUAUCAAAAUGAAACUUUGCAUGAUUUUUUUUAUCAUGACAAAGUGCAGUUGUAAAACAAGGGGCAUCAUUCUGAAAGCUUCAUUUUUGGAUUAAUGCCCUUUUAACUAAAAAUUUUUGUUGUAUUUAAUUGGUUAUUGAUAGUCAAUGCUCUUUACAGAUGAGCGUUAACACUUCAUGUGGUUCUUUUGUUUUAUGUUUGCCACAAGGUUGUUUGAGGCUUAACUAUGUGGUAGUAACAAUUUUUUUUGAGUCACCAGUUUUAUUGGGCAGUUUCCUGGGGGAAAAAUAUCAUUUUGCAUUUAUAUCAAAUGAUUGAAUUAUUGCAAUAUGUUGAACUAUAUUUAUAUGUUGGUGAAUUGCAAUUUUAAAAUAGAUUUACAAUUUUGCUCUUUAUUGAAUACUUUUCUUUAUCAACUUCAUCAUCUGGUAUACAUAUAUAAGUUAAGAUUUAAAACACUUGUUAACUUUAUUGUUAUUGCUUCUUCAAAAGCUCUCUUUCUGUCAGUUUAAAACAUAUUAAACACUUGGUAUACUUUUAAAGCAUUUGGUCUAUCUUGGUAUACAUGUAUAUCAUUUGGUCUAUAUUGGUAUACAUGUAUAUCAUUUUGAUCUAUAUUUGUAUACAUGUAUAUCAUUUGGUCUAUAUUGGUAUACUUGUAUAGCAUUUGGUCUAUAUUGGUAUAACUUGUAUAUCAUUUGGUCUAUAUUGGUAUAACUUGUAUAUCAUUUGGUCUAUAUUGGUAUAACUUGUAUAUCAUUUGGUCUAUAUUGGUAUAACUUGUAUAUCAUUUGGUCUAUAUUGGUAUAACUUAUAUACCAUUUGGUCUAUUUUGGUAUACUUGUAUACCGUUUGGUCUAUAUCGGUAUACUUUUAUACCAUUUGGUCUAUUUUGGUAUAACUUAUAUACCAUUUGGUCUAUUUUGGUAUACUUUUAUACCAUUUGGUCUAUUUUGGUAUACUUGUUUAGCAUUUGUUAUAGAAAAUUAUUGUGAAAUCAUAAUUAUAAAGAUUGUUGACUUCUUGCUGAAAAACGUUGUUAAAGUUUGUUCAGUUUUGAAAAAAUUUGAGUGCUUUCAUUUCCUAAGACCAAAAAAUGUGCAAAAUAUCUUUUUUGGCAAUUCUGAAAGUAUGUUUUUAUUGUAGGUUUGAAGAGGUGUUAAAAUAUAAUAUAUACUGGUAAAUAUACAUGCACAUAGUGGACAUGAUGCUUUUUCAACUAAUAAAAUUUGAAAGGAAAUUAACACUUGCUUUAAUAGGGCCUGAAUAUAAUUAUAGAUAAUAAUUGUGUUUAAAGAUUGUUAUCAAAUUUAUUUUUUUCCAAAUUAUUGACUGGUUUACACAGAUAAUUUGAUAUGGUAUGAAAAUUGUAAUCACUGUUAUAUACUGCAAUGUGAAUGGAAGGAGAAUGUAAUAAAUUAUUUGUUAUUUAUCAUGGUGUAUUGUAUCAUGAAAUAUACUGUUAAUUAAUUAAUUAGAAAUUGAGAAAAUAAUAUAUCAUUUGCAUUGUAUAAAGUUUGACAAAAAUAA